AUGAACGAGGUCUCGGACUACUGCAUCUCAGCUGUCGGCUCGCCUGCCGCAUUUCAAUCGGACGAAGGCACUUGGCUCCUGAUGCCCUACCUUAAUGGCGGUGAUUUUCUUCGCUUCGUGAACGCAUGCCAACGCAAAGGUGAGUGCAGAAACUCGGAUCAGCCCAAGAAAAACUGGGACACGCUUGGCCACGGCAUCAGCAGCGCACUUGUCCUGGCCUAUUUCCACCAGAUAGUGCAAGGCGUCGAGGCCUUGCAUUCCCGCGGCAUCAUCCACACCGAUCUGAAGCUGGAGAAUACCAUGCUCAGCUGUCGUGACGGCAAGUGCUUUGCAUCUGUGAUUGACCUGGGCCUGGGAUGCGAACCAAAAGUGACAUUUUCUUGCGGAAUGACUGGAACCCCUUCCUACCUCGCGCCAGAGCUAUGGAAACGAGGUCAAUCCCGACGUUCAUUGACAAGCCCGAUGCGAGACGUAUGGUCACUGGGCGUCAUGCUUUACCUGUUGGUUUAUCCCAAAGCUCCACCGUUUAUGCGAGAUGGCACUGGGCAGAAGCAGAUCAAGUACAACCCCAUUGAGGAUGAAACCAUCGGCAAAGAGAAUCUGGAUUUGCUUAUCGCUCAGAUGCUGGACCCGGACCCGAGUAUGCGUGCCCCGAUUGCGACUAUCCUUGCCAUGUUGGCGGAGAUCAUCAAGACGGACUACGCAGCACCACCAGAAGUCAUCAGACUGAUUGAUGAGAAGCCUAUCGAUCGUGGCGCGACCAUGCCUGUCGCGAAAUGCCUGUUCGACAAGCUCGACUACGACGUUGGGGAUCAGCCCUUCGAGCGUGAAAUGUGUCUGGACGACGUGACCGAGGCCGCACCAGCAAGAGACUUCGGAAAUGUAGGAACCUGA